UUUGCCGGUAUCACGCAAGAUUUAUUUGACAAAGUUGAACGUAAUUGGACAUCUGGAGUGGUAAUUGACUUCUCUAUUUGGAUUAGAUGUUUUACGACCGACAUCUUAUCUUCAACUUUAACUGGGAGUCCAGCCGUGUGUCCAUUGUCAUGUAGCACAUCGAAAUUUGAAUAUACACCAGAAAUGAAAAAGUCAUCUGAAUUUCUUGAAAGCCUGAAAACAUGGUUCAAUUCCCUUCCAUUCUUUGUAGCUAUACCUCGAAGUUUACGAUACAACCUUCCUAUAUUAAGUUCAAUAAACAGACAUUAUCUUAAUAAUGCUAAACGCUUAGAAGACGAAGUUUUAGAGACAGUUAUAAGACGUCGUGAACAAUUAGGAAACUUUUCCGAAGGUCAAGCGAGCGGAGACGGAUUAUUGGAUACGUUAUUGACCAUGAAUAUAAGAGACCAUAAUGAACCUGCCGAAGAUGAUGAACCAAUGAAAGAUGGAGAAAUACGCGACAAUAUUAUGGAUAUUUCACUUACCAGUUCAGACACGACUGGGAAUUCCUUCUGCUAUUUCAUAUAUUAUAUUUUCCAUAAUCCUCAAUGCAAAGAACGUUUAUUAGAGGAAAUUGAUUCGAUUUUUGCUGAUGAUAUGACUCGUCCUGUUACAUACAAUGAUCUGAAAAAACUUGUCUACAUGGAAGCAGCAAUUAAAGAAACCCUGCGUGUGUUUCCAGUUGUUCCUAUAGCACCACGAUCACUCGCAAAUCCAGACACCCUAUUAGGAUAUAAUUGGCCGGCCGGGCAACUAUUUUUUAUAUCCCAAUAUAGUCUAAUGCAUAAUAAAAACGUUUGGGAGGAACCCCACAAGUUUAAUCCGGACCGAUUUCUCAAAGAUACAGAAAAAAUCCAGAAAAAAUUUUUUGUUCCUUUUGGUGAAUUGGAAUUUGCUUUGUCGAUCAUAUCUUGA